UGGAGAGAGCUAAGCAGCCUUUUCACAGGGACACAGAACUUGGUAUCAUUGCCUGAUUGCUGCCGUUGGCAGAAUUUUGUAACCACGGGUGUGGAUACCACUCAGAACAUCAUUAUCGUCGAGCAGGAAUUUGAAAUUAUCUACCAGAAAGAUGUCAAUUGGGAAAAUUAUUCGCCAGCUGACUCUGGUGUUGGAGUCGGCCGGUCUGGAAGCGAACGUGACGAUGGAAGUCAUCCUGAUGAUUGCCAACCUGCAGACGCUAGGAGUGCCCAUCAGUUUGUCCUCUAUCCCUGGCACAGUCUCAGCAGCUUUCGGAAUUGUCCUCAUUCCUGGUCUUGGGAUUUUCAUGGACCGCCUGGCGUCAUCAACUCCUUCCAAAGCGCGGAUUUUAGUCUUUGUGACUUGUUUACAGCUUUUAGGAGUCCUCUGUGUUUUCUUUGGCAAUUUAAUAAAAUUAAUAGAGCCUGACGAAGGUUCAGGGACAUACAACAUGUCUGAUAUCUUCAACUCGUCUGUUGUUGAGAGUCAGGUGGGCGAGGCGGACAGCGUUACCGAAAGAGCAGCAUUGGCCACGAACUCACCACAGAACGAUACCAGACCGUGGGUGUCCAUGGGUACUGCGGUGCAGGAGGAGGGGAUCCCGUACUACGCCAUCAUGGUCAUGGUUGGGUUUGCCUGUGUUGACUGUGGAUACGACGCCAGCAGCUGCUUCCUCAAGACAUUCGCUCUGGCGUGCACUCCAUCAGAAGAUCAUUCCAGCAUUAUUAUCAAAAGUGUUCUUGUCUCCUCUUUUGGUCAGAAAGUGACGAAAGGACCCCGAUCACAAAAGCAACUGUCGAGGAGGAUUUGGGAGUUUCGUCCGUUAAGCUGUCCCAGAGUGCGUCAGGAAAGUUUGCAAGUCCUCAGAAAACAAAGUCUUCGUUCGUGAAGAAAACAGCGACCAUUGAUACACUUUCAAUCCCAGAAUAUCAGAAGGGAGUCUUUGGCUUCAUGAAGCGGCAUAAAAAACAAAUUUUCAUCAACAUAUCUACCUUUUUCUGGCUAGGAGCUUUGUACUCAUUUGAAGUCUACGUCCCGAAUUUUGUUGGUGUUUCUGUGUACGGCGGUGACCCAACAGCACGUGUCGGCACAGACCUGUAUGGCCGGUAUUUGAAGGGGAUCGAGGCUGGGGCCACAGGAAGUCUCAUUUACUACGUUUCUUUUACAGUGGUCACACUUUUCUUGGAGGUUGCUUUGAAAAAAAUAGGUAUUAGACCAAUCAUGGUGGUUAGUACUCUGGUCCUUGUUGCUCUGAGCUUGGGUGUGGCCAUCUCAGCAAAUAUCUGGCUCUUUUAUGUCACGUCCGUGUGGAUGGGCAUCUACAGGUCAGCUGUGAUCACUGUGCCAUAUGUUCUGGCCAACAAGUUUGCUUAUGAACAGAAUGGCGAGAACGCCUCCGGAGUGGCCAUCUCUAUUGUAGCAGCCAUGCUCCCUCUUGGCUUCACACUCUGCUCUGGCCUCAUGGGACCCCUCAUCAGCGCUACUGGUAACGCAGGGGCCCCCGUCUACUACACAGCAGUCAACGCUUUCUUGGGGACCGUUAGCUUCGCUUUCCUCAAGUUUGACGUUCCUGGCUAACCUAUGGCAUGGGUAUAGCUAUAGACCGUUGGUUAAAAAAACAAACAAACAAACAUCCUUUCCCUCAACCCCCCUCCCCCCCCCAACAAACCCAAAACAAUAACCCCCUAAAAAGCCCAACAAAAAAAGGACAAAAGCCAAACUGCUUUUUAAAGAAUACCUUUUGAUUUCAUUGGAGUUGGACUUUGAGAUUUUAAAACUCCAUUGAUCCACUCCAUUGUAUUCUCGUAGGGAAUAGCAUGUCCAUUUUCUUAUUAACGGGGUAAAAUUCUCUGGUCUUUGCAUGCGGGUCUAAAUGUUGGAUGACCAACAUUUCCUAAAGCCGGUAAAUGGAGACCACUGUACACUAAGGUCUCACCACGUUUCUUUGAUGUUAGCCUACAAUGGGUGAAAAUAUAACAGGGGAAAUUACAGUAUACACAUAGAACACCAAAAUGUUGACCUAUUAACAUCAACUUCAUACUGAAAUGCUUACCGAGGAAAAACGGCCCAACAGACGGGUGAGCACUUUUUGAGACUCAUUUUAGGACUUGAAGAUGUCUUCUUUUUUUAAUUUUUUAAAUUUCAAAUGUUAUUCAUG